AUGGCUGAAAAUAAUAAUACGAUUCAUUUAUCAGGCAUUGUGAUAAAUUUCUUGGAAAUUUGGAAAACAUCAACAGAAGAUAAUAACAAAGUGGAAUCAACUCUCCAAGAAAUUCGAAAAAAAAUAAAGUUCCCACCAUAUUAUCAAUAUGAUAAACUCGAUAAAUCCCAUUCUUCUGUCAUCUUUUAUUUGAAAUUACAAAAAAAAGGAGAACUUCUCCAAACUUAUAAUAGGGCUAAAAAUGAACUGGGAUUCUCUAAAAUUUCAAGAACCUAUGGAUAUGAAAAUAUUAAUCAUGAAGACACUUUGCAUGUGGAAAAAAAACUAGCAAAACUUGAAGAGCAUUCAUCAAAACGGAAUCAGUUUAUUGAUAAAAGGUUUGAUCCUAUGACCCAGUCAAUGGUAGAAAAUUUUAUUAAAGAGCAUAAUUUACAAAAUUCUCAAGUAUGGUUACAGAACAUCCGUGAAAUACUAGAGACCUUGCAUGAAGGUGUCAAAGAUAACCCACGAAUCUUUGAAUUAGAUAG